AAACAUUGCCAGGAUUUCUCACACGAAAAUUCCACGACUCUGAAGAAAGAAAGCAAGAAAAACAAUAGCUUCUUGUCAACACUAUUAUUGUCUUCUCUCUCUGAUGGCUGAAGCUAAACCUGCUCCACGCUCUCCUCCUUCUUUUUUAGAGGUUAUAUGCAAAAGCUCAGGCAAGACAAGGCGCUUUGCGGUUGGUACAGACGCGCGCUUUGCGGUAUCACUCAUUAAUGGAAGAUUGGAUAGAGGCAGAGGCAAACCCCUUGCUUCCUAUAUCGAAGCUUUCAAAGAAGGAGAGGAACCCGUUGCUUUCGGACCCAAUUCGGUUCUCGUCGACUACGGCCCCGGUUGGAAGCUACAGACAGCCAUCGAACCCGAUUUCACCUAUGCAGGGGUUCCCAAGGGGGUAGGGGUCCGACCGGUGACGACCCGAAUUUCUACGGUAACGAGUCCUGACAGCUCACAUCCAGCAAUCAGUUUUUCUUACAUUGGAAAAAUAAUAUUAGCUUUCAUUUUGAUUUUUGUUCUUGGUGCAUUCCUUACAUUGGCUCUUGAGAAUCUUCCCAGACUGAUAUUGUUUGUCAAGUCAUCCAUGUAAUAUCUAUUCUUCUUUCUUGAACUACAUGUGGAAUAAUCUAAUGCCAAUCUACACUUCUGUGCAA